UAAUCGUCAGUAAAAUACAGCUACAAAUAUUAAAUGCCCCUUCCGUUUUCUCUCUCCACUUUGGCGCCAAUUUAUUUUCCCUCUCAAAACGCUCACUCUCAGUCACUCUGAAACCCUAGCUCUCAUUCUCGUCAUCGGAAUCAAUUACAACCUGCGAUUUUGCACCCUCUCGAUCUUCAAUUCCGAAAUCAUGAAGCAAAAUUAAACCUGUCGUUUCGUUUCUAAUCUAUGGAAGAGCCUCCCCCCAAACGCCUCAGAAUUUCUAGAGGCCAAGAUGAUUAUAUUGCAGGGAAUAUAAUUGAGAUUGAGCUCCAUAACUUUAUGACCUUUGAUCACUUGAUUUGUAAACCAGGAUCACGCCUAAACCUAGUGAUUGGGCCUAAUGGUUCUGGCAAGAGCUCUCUUGUUUGUGCCAUUGCUCUGGCUCUUGGUGGUGAGCCACAGCUGCUUGGCAGGGCCACAAGUAUUGGAGCAUAUGUGAAGAGGGGCGAGGAGUCUGGGUACAUCAAGAUUUCCUUGAGAGGCGACUCUAAAGAUGAGCAGAUUAUUGUCAUGCGUAAAAUUGAUACACAUAAUAAGUCAGAGUGGUUGUUCAAUGGCAAAGUGGUACCUAAGAGAGAUAUAUUGGAAAUCAUCAAGAGAUUCAACAUCCAAGUCAAUAAUUUGACCCAAUUCUUACCACAAGACAGAGUAUGCGAAUUUGCCAAGUUAACUCCUGUGCAACUUUUAGAAGAGACAGAAAAGGCUGUUGGUGAUCCUCAGCUUCCAGUCCAACAUCUUGCUCUUAUUGAAAAAAGCCGUCAACUGAAGAAAAUUCAAUGUGCUGUUGAGAAAAAUGGAGACACAUUGAAUCAACUAAAGGCCCUUAAAGCUGAACAAGAAAAAGAUGUCGAACGUGUUCGCCAAAGAUUAGAAUUACUAGAGAAGGUUGAGUCAAUGAAAAAGAAAUUACCAUGGCUAAAGUACGAUAUGAAGAAGGCUGAGUAUAUGGAAGUGAAAGAGCGGGAGAAAGAUGCCAAGAAGAAGUUGGAUGAAGCUGCAAAUACUUUAAAUGAAUUUAGCAAACCUAUUGAGAAAAAAAGGCAGGAGAAAGCAACGUUGGAUGCUAAGUGUAAGAAACUUAGCAAUCUUAUGAAUGACAAUGUCAAGAGACGUAUGGAUUUUCUAGAGAAAGCAAACCAAGCGGGAGUGCAAGUGCAAGGAAAAUAUAAGGAAAUGGAAGACUUAAGGAGGCAGGAACAAUCUCGUCAACAGAGAAUCUUAAAGGCCAAAGAGGAUGUUGCUGCUGCUGAGCUAGAUCUUCAAAACCUUCCUGCAUAUGAACAUCCCAAGGGCGAACUUGAAAAUUUAGGUGCUCAAAUAUUGGAGCUAGGAGUUUUUGCCAACCAAAAGAGGCUUCAGAUGGCUGAGAAGGAAAAAAAAUUAACUCAAACUAAAUUAACCCUGAGGCAGUGCUCAGAUGGGUUGAAGGAUAUGGAAAACAAAAAUAACAAACUUUUGCAUGCUUUACGAAAUUCUGGAGCUGAAAAGAUAUUUGAGGCUUAUGAAUGGUUGCAACAACAUCGACAUGAGUUAAAUAAGGAGGUGUAUGGUCCUGUGCUACUUGAGGUUAAUGUGUCAAAUCGAGUUCAUGCUAACUACUUAGAAGGUCAGGUGCCUAAUUAUAUCUGGAAGUCUUUCAUCACUCAGGAUGCUAGUGAUCGGGACUUUUUGGUCAAAAACCUGAGAUUAUUUGAUGUUCCUGUUUUGAAUUAUGUGAGCAAUGACAGUCACCGCAAGGAGCCUGGUCAAAUUACAGAGGAGAUGCGUGCACUUGGCAUUUCUAGCCGGCUUGAUCAAGUUUUUGAUGCUCCUAAUGCGGUCAAGGAGGUUUUGACAAGUCAGUGUGGUCUUGAGUAUUCAUACAUUGGAUCGAAGGAAACUGAUCAGAAGGCUGAUGAGGUUGAAAAGUUGGGAAUUUCAGAUUUUUGGACUCCAGAAAAUCACUACAGAUGGACUCGUUCCCGAUAUGGAGGACACGUUUCUGGGAGCGUGGAACCUGUGUUUCCCUCACGUCUUCUAUUGUGUAGUUCGGAUGUUGGGGCAAUUGAAAAACUGAGAUCCAGGAAGAAGGAGCUGGAAGAAUCUGUAGUUGAAUUAGAGGAAAGCCGGAAAUCACUACAGACUGAGCAAAGACUUUUAGAGGAUAAAGAAGCUAAACUUCAGAAACAAAGGGAGGAGAUUAUUAGUGUUGUUCAACAUGAGAAGAGGAAGCGGCGUGAAAUGGAAAGUCGUGUCAAUCAAAGGAAAAGGAAGUUAGAAUCUAUUGAGAAGGAGGAUGACCUGGACUCUGUUAUGGCCAAGCUUCUUGACCAAGCUGCGAGUCUUAAUAGUCAGCGGUUUAAAUAUGCUAUUGAAAUUAAGAAUUUACUUCUUGAGGCUAUUUCUUACAAAUGGAGUUAUGCUGAAAAACAUAUGGCCUCCAUUGAAUUUGAUGCAAAGAUUAGGGAUUUAGAAGUCGAUCUCAAGCAGCAUCAGAAGUUUGCCGAGCAGGCGUCACUGCAAUAUGAAUAUUGUAAAAAAGAGGUGGAGGAUUGUCGAAAAGAACUGUCAGAUGCUAAAAGGCAUGCAGAAUCAAUUGCUUUCAUCACUCCUGAACUUGAGAAGGAAUUUCUUGAGAUGCCUACCACAAUUGAGGAGCUGGAGGCGGCAAUACAAGAUAAUAUUUCUCAAGCCAAUUCUAUUCUUUUUCUAAACCAGAACAUUCUACAGGAAUAUGAACAUCGUCAGAAACAGAUAGAAGGUAUGGCCACAAAACUGGAAGCAGAUAAAAAGGAACUAAAGAGGUGUUUAAGGGAAAUAGAUGCCUUGAAGGAGAAUUGGCUUCCAACAUUGAGGAGCCUUGUAGCCCAGAUAAAUGAAACUUUCAGUCGUAACUUUCAAGAAAUGGCUGUUGCAGGAGAAGUUUCAUUGGAUGAGCAUGAUACAGACUUUGAUCAGUUUGGCAUACUUAUAAAAGUAAAGUUCAGGCAAACAGGAAAACUUGAAGUUCUCAGUGCCCACCAUCAAUCUGGAGGGGAACGCUCGGUUUCAACUAUUCUUUAUCUUGUUUCUCUUCAAGAUCUUACAAACUGUCCAUUUAGAGUGGUUGAUGAGAUCAAUCAAGGAAUGGAUCCUAUAAAUGAAAGAAAGAUGUUUCAGCAAUUAGUAAGAGCUGCGAGCCAACCAAAUACACCGCAGUGCUUCUUACUAACACCAAAGCUGCUACCAGAUCUGGAGUAUAGUGAAGCCUGCAGCAUUCUGAAUAUAAUGAACGGACCUUGGAUAGAGCAGCCCUCGAAAGUGUGGAGCAGUGGAGAUUGCUGGGGCACUGUCACCGGUUUAGUGGGACAAAGUCAUUACUGAACCAACAUUUAUGAGAAGAAAUAAUCAAUUAGAAAACAAUACAUUACAUUAGUGUAUUAUUUUUCUGAAAACACAGCCGUAUUUUUGUCCUGCAAUUUGAUUUCUCUGUAAAAAGUUUUUAGCACACG